GGAGUGAUCAGUGCACAGAGGGCGCCAGAGAAGAGCAGAGGGGCCAGCCAGCUAGCCCGGCAGAGGAGCGCGCGACCCAUAGCGGGGGAGGGAGGCCAGCGAAGGCCCGACUGCCUUUCGUACAAAGAUUGUCGCGCAGGCUCUCGAUCAUAGGAUCAAGGAAAGCGUUCGCAGAGGUCUCUUUGAUCUCUCUCUCCGAUAGACCAAGAGCAAGAAAGAGCUGUCCGGUGUCUCUCGAUCUGUUUCUAUCUCUCCUCCUCCCUCCCUCUCCCUCUCUCUCGCUCUCUCUCCGGGCCGGAGACCUUCGGAUGGAUCGGGAAGAUGAUCAGAUGAGGGUCCUCUGUCCGGACGAACAUUUCUAAGCGUUGCCGAGUCAGAUCUUUGAGUCGGUGUUUCCCGAUCAGGAGCCAGGAGACGCCAAUUGAGGGCGCUUUUUAAUUUUGUGGAGUUUUUAGUUUUUAGUUUUUUAGAUUCUUCGUCUUCUUCUUCCUUUUGGGCUGAUUUGGAACUGGAUACAAGAUGGUGCAAAUGGAGCUUUUCCGCUCGCAGGAGAUGAACCUGGUUCAACUCAUUAUUCCGUCGGAGUCUGCCCACGACACUGUAACAUAUUUGGCACAGCUUGGGCUUUUGCAAUUCAAGGAUCUUAACCCGGAUAAGAGUCCGUUUCAGCGGACGUAUGCCAAUCAGGUUAAGCGAUGUGGCGAAAUGGCUAGGAAAUUGCGUUAUUUCAAAGAUCAAACAGCCAAAGCUGGUCUUACGCCAGCUGCCAGACCAGCUAUGGACGGUGAUGUCGACCUUGAUGAACUUGAGGUGAAACUUUCUGAGCUAGAAAGCGAGCUCAUUGAAAUACUUGCCAACACCGAAAAGUUGAAGCGCACGCACAGUGAACUUACAGAACUUCACCUUGUUCUUAAGAAGGCUGGCGCGUUUUUCAGCUCAGCCCGCGAUAAUGCAACAGAGGCUCAAAGGCGUGAACUGGAAGGUCUUUCAGGCUCAAAUGAAGACAUUGAUAGACCUCUGUUGCUCGAACAGGAGAUGCAGACUGAGCCUUCGAAACAAGUAAGGCUGGGCUAUGUGUCAGGAGUCGUCCCCAAGUCAAAGGCUCUGCCAUUUGAACGUAUCCUGUUUCGUGCUACUCGAGGAAACAUGUUCCUUAAGCAGGCUCCUAUUGAGGAGCCUGUCAUCGAUCCAGCAUCUGGCGAGAAGGUCGAGAAGAUCGUCUUCGUCGUUUUCUUCGCCGGAGAAAGGGCACGCUUGAAAGUUACCAAAAUUUGCGAGGCCUUUGGAGCGAACCGAUAUCCUUUCCCAGAAGAAGGGAGCAGACAGAGUGCCCUUCAGCUUCAGGUUGCGUCGAGGUUAGAUGAGCUACAACAAACUCUUGAUGCGGGAACGCACCACCGGGAUAAUGUGCUGACUACGAUCGGAUACAACCUGGAACAAUGGACCCUGUUGGUGCGCCGAGAAAAGGCAGUGUAUCAUACUUUGAACAUGUUAAGUAUCGACGUGACAAGGAAGUGUCUUGUGGCUGAGGGAUGGUGCCCUGUGUCUGCUAAGGAUCAGAUUCAAGAUGCUUUGCAGAGGGCAGCGUUUGACGCUAAUUCUCAAGUACCAACAAUCUUCCAGUUUCUUCAUACCAAGGAAGCACCCCCAACGUACUUCAAGACAAACAAGUUCACUGGCGCUUUCCAGGAGAUCGUCGAUGCCUACGGGGUGGCACGAUACCAGGAGGCCAAUCCUGGUGUCUUCACUAUCGUCACUUUUCCCUUUCUGUUUGCCGUCAUGUUUGGCGACUGGGGUCAUGGUAUCAUAUUGCUGUUGGCUUCUUUCUUCCUCUUGUGGAACGAAAAGAAAUUCAUGAGUCAGAAAUUAGGGGACAUUAUGGAUAUGGCUUUCGGAGGAAGAUACGUGAUUCUGCUGAUGUCAAUUUUUUCAAUCUAUACGGGGUUCAUCUAUAAUGAGUUCUUUUCAGUUCCCUUCAGAAUCUUUGGCGAAUCAGCUUAUACCUGCAGAGAUCACCCUGAUACGCAUUGGGACCAGUGCGAAUCUGCAACCAGUGUUGGCCUGAUCAAACUUGGGGAUCAGCCCUAUCCUUUUGGACUUGACCCAGCAUGGCACGGAUCUCGUUCAGAACUUCCAUUCACCAACUCACUGAAGAUGAAGAUGUCCAUUCUACUCGGAGUCACUCAAAUGAACGUCGGUAUCAUGCUCAGUUAUUUCAAUGCAAAAUUCUACAGCAACUCGCUCAACAUCUGGUAUGAGUUUGUGCCUCAGAUUUUGUUCCUCGGUUCUUUGUUUGGUUACCUUUCCAUUCUCAUUAUCGUCAAGUGGUGCACCGGGUCCCAGGCAGAUUUGUACCAUGUAAUGAUCUACAUGUUCCUGAGUCCCCUCGAUGAUCUUGGAGACAACCAGCUGUUUUGGGGUCAAGGAUAUCUUCAGGUGGCUUUGCUGAUUAUCGCAUUCGUUGCUGUACCAUGGAUGCUUUUGCCCAAGCCUCUGAUCCUUAAGAAACAACACGAACAGAAAUUGGCUGGUCGAUCUUAUGGAGUUUUGGGAGAAUCAGACGCUGAGUCUGUGGAUGGCGAUGAUGAGCACGAAGAGUUUGAAUUUGGCGAGGUGUUUGUUCAUCAAAUGAUCCAUACUAUAGAGUUUGUGCUUGGAGCAGUCUCUAACACAGCUUCGUACCUGCGGUUGUGGGCUCUCAGUCUGGCCCACGCAGAGCUUUCAGCUGUCUUCUACGAGAGAGUGUUAAUGCUGUCUUUCGGGUAUGACAAUAUCCUCAUUCGCUUUAUCGGCAUUGUUGUAUUUGCUAUCGCCACUCUUGGAGUAUUGCUGGUUAUGGAGACUCUUAGUGCAUUUUUGCACGCACUUCGACUUCACUGGGUCGAGUUUCAGAACAAGUUUUACAUGGGGGAUGGAUACAAGUUUCAUCCAUUCGCUUUUGCCACCCUCUCGGAAGAAGAUGAUUAGGUGUUCGUGAGUUGGUUGAACACAACUACCGAUGGAGUUGUAUAUUUGAUUCAAUUGUGUUUAUGUUAAUCAAAUAAAUCUUAGAUGAAUUUGAGGCUAAGAUAUGGAGCACAACUUGGGCCCCACCUGCUAAAUGGUGAAUGUGUAAUAAAAAAUUAUCAGCAGUUGUUUGUCUCCAGUCAAUGCUACCUUUCCGGUUGCGUGUGUUCUCCUAAUAGUGACCAGAAACCGAGGCUCUAGUUGUUGAAAUCUAGUUUGAGCUGGACCAUCUUACUUCCAUAACCUAUUGCACACCUGACAGUAGACUUUCGGAAUUAUAUUCUAAUUUUUUAAUUGAGUCGCUGGUGACAGUACAUUGCUGAGGUAUC